CUGAUCUCAACGCUCGUCCUCGUCAGGGCCAUCGGGGGCAGCAAAGUACUAGUCCAGGUCGACUUCCAGUACCACUCUCCUCCAUUUCCUUCCCCUGGCAGGGCACCUACUUUAUUUUCUUCGGCUUUUUCUGGCUGUCUUUUCUGGUUUUGCUCUUGACGGUUGUGUGAGACUGUAUACUUUGCCACCUCGGCGAUCCUGGGCGUUGCUUGCGAUUCAUGGUCAUAUUCUGGCGGAUACCCGCGCUGGUCGUCAUCCUCGCAAUAUGCGUUGAGUUGAUCAUAGCGCACUCCGCACCCGCUCGCCCAAUAAAGCGCCUCGCGCACCCCUCUACUCUCUCGCUCGAGAUCCUCCCAAGACGUCCAAGCGCCGCCGCCACUCAUGCGAACAGACGCCGAUCGGCACUCCCUUCUCCCUCCUCCCCGAUCCUGCUUCACUCCGACUCCCUCCGCCUCGUCCUCUCCGCCUUCUCCGACACGUUCCACCUCCACCUCCGCCCGAACGAUGCGCUCAUCCACCCCGCCGCGCGCGUCACGUAUGUCAACCCGGACGGCACCUCUCGCUCGGAGCCGCUCCUCCGCGAGAGCGUCAAGGCCUACUGGGGCGAGGUCGUCCCCGCCGACAUCUCCGCCUCCCGUAUGAGGGCGGACGCGGCCGGCGCGCUGCCCACCCCGGAGGAGACGCUCGGCUGGGCACGUGUCAUGGUGCACGAGCAGGGCGACGCCACCAAAGGCGUGGCGCCCGUGUUCGAGGGCGCGUUCUCUGUGCACGGCGUCGUGCACCACGUCAUGACGAAGGACAACUAUCUCCGGACGAAGCACGCGCUCGACCCGCAGCUCUCCUCGCUCGUGGACGCAGCCGACCGUGCGCUCGUCAUCUGGCGCGAUUCGGACAAGAUGACCGUCGACGAGGAGCGCGCCGUCCUCGCCGGCCAGCCCCUUCCCGUCGCGGACGGCGCCGUUCCGCCAGCCAGGGCACAAAGCUGCGGACACGACCGGCUGGCGUACAACGCCGCCAACGACAUCCUCCAGCGCCCGCUGCAGGUGGAGGCAGCGCCCUGGUACGACCCGUACGGCCUGAGCCUGGCCCGUCGAGACGACGUCGCCUCGGGCUCGAGCAACAUGUCGACCAACUUCGCGGACGACAUCGGGAACACGUCGGGCUGCCCGAAGGAGCAGAAGGUGCUCUACAUGGGUGUCGCGGCCGACUGCGAAUACGUGUCCGCGUAUGGCUCCACCUCGAACGCGACGAGCACGAUCCUCAACAACUGGAACAAGGCGAGCGCGCUCUACAAGUCUACGUUCAACGUCUCGCUCGGGAUAGUCGAGCUGCAGGUGCACAACGCGACGUGUCCGACGACCGUGGAUGCCUCCGCGCCCUGGAACCGGGACUGCGCGAGCAACGUGACGCUCAACGACCGGCUCUCGCUCUUCUCGGAGUGGCGGGGGGACAAGGGCGGGUCGGACGGCGCGGGGCUGUGGCACCUGAUGAGCGGGUGCCCGACGGGGGACGAGGUCGGGAUCGCGUGGCUCGCGACGCUCUGCAACCAGGGCGCGUCCAAGAGCGGGGACGCGUUCGUAUCCGGGACGGCGGUGAGCACGGCGGGCAAGACCGAGUGGCAGGUGAUCGCGCACGAGAUCGGCCACAACUUUGGCGCGAUCCACGACUGCGCGGACGGGUGCAACUCGACGUCGAGCUGCUGCCCGCUCACCGCGUCCUCGUGCGACGCGAACAGCCAGUUUUUGAUGAGCCCCGUGGCGGAGACGGGCGAGAUGGUGUUCUCGCAGUGCACGAUCGGGAACAUAUGCAGCGUGAUGGCGAGCGCGGCCGCGUCCGGUGCGAUGCUGAACACCACCUGCCUCGUCGACGCGGCACAGGCCCACGACCAGAUCACGCUCCAGAUGUGCGGGAACGGCAUCGUCGAGGCCGGGGAGGAAUGCGACCCGGGCCAGGGCACCAACUCGACCUGCUGCGACGCGGCGACGUGCAAGUUUGCGGCGGGCGCGGUGUGCGAUCCGCUGGACAGCGCGUGCUGCACGGACACGUGCACGUUCGCGCCGGCGACCAAGGUGUGCAGGACGGCCAAGGACCCGCGCUGCGAUACGGCGGAAAUGUGCACGGGCUCGAGUGCGGACUGCCCGGCGGACGUGUUCGCUGCGAAUGGCAAGAGCUGUGGACCCGGACUCGCAUGUGCCAGCGGAACCUGCACGUCUAACACCCAGCAAUGCCAGUCCGUAGGGGCGUCGAUGGGUCUGCAGGAGGCGUGCGGCCAGACUGGCGACAAGUCGUGCCAAGUGUCAUGCCAAGAUCCGACGAACAGCAAACAGUGCAUCGUGCUUCAGGCGUCUCUCAUCGACGGAUCGCCAUGUGGCUACGGCGGCACAUGUGCGACCGGCAAAUGUCGUCCGGGCAGUUUGCUCGCCACGGCCAAGUCAUUCUACACUUCGAACCUCCAGAUAUCCAUUCCGGUCACCGUCGUGGUGGGCCUUCUCGCCCUCCUGCUGCUUUACGGCAUCUACGUCAUGUGCAGGAGUUGCUGCUGCGGUCCCCGCGAAGACGAGCCCAAGCCAACGAUAGACUCGCGCUUCGUUGGCGGGUCCAUCGCGCCAGUCGUCAGCGCAGCAGACAGCAAUCCGUUGCAGAACGCGCAGCGCAUUUCGGCAGGGAACAGUUACUACCGAGGCGAGACUCGGCGCUCAGGCGAGUGGGAGAAGUUCCAUGGCGGUUCGCAGGAGGGCGGGCCGCCGCCGACGUACAUUGGCUGGCAGGAUGACCAGCGACGGUAAGGUACGACGCCCCGAUCUAUACGAAUCCGAUGCUCCAUGUACAUAUACAAUUUGGCUGUGUGGAUACCUCGCUGCUUUUUCUGUACCAACCACUGC